CACAUACACCCGUACUGGCACGGAGCACACUGCAGAAACAGCAAAGCGGGGCAGAGAGCAGCACACACAAGCGCAACCACAGGCGGCACCACCGAGCCCUCGUCGCCUCCACUUCCCCGCUCCGUCGGAGUCUCCGGAGGCCGCACAUCCUCGGCGAAAUCGCCGUCGCACCGGUAAAGACUAUUCUGCCAUGAGGACUUUUCAAGGUCCAAACCCUGAGAAUAGGAGAGUCCAUACUUCCAAGUCCUGGCCUUCCAAAAAGAAGCCUUGCAAGGUACCUGAAUCCGUUGAAGUGCAUAUUAUUGAUGAUGACGAUGAUGACAGCACCAAGGAUUACUCUGUGGGAGACGCAUCAAAGCAGCUUGUCCUUUACAAUCCUGAGAUCACACAUGACAAGCAAUGUGACAUAGAUCAUCAUACCUCACUGCGCCAAAGUUCCAAGAAGCCAAGAUAUGGAUAUGGCACAGUUCUACCGUCUAUUGGUGCUUAUACUGUGCAAUGUGCUAACUGUUACAAAUGGAGGAUCGUUCCGACAAAAGAAAAAUAUGAAGAGCUGCGCGAGAGUAUUUCUCAGGAGCUUUUUGUAUGCAUAAGGGCUAGUGAGUGGAACCGUGAAUUAUCAUGUGAUGAACCAGAAGAUAUAUCACAAGAUGGAAAUAGGGUGUGGGCGCUUGAUAAGCCAAACAUUGCCCAACCCCCUCCUGGCUGGGACAGGGAGGUCAGAAUCAGAGGGGCUUCCACCAAAUUUGCAGAUGUGUACUACACUUCUCCAUCUGGGAAAAGGUUGAGGUCGUUGGUUGAAAUUGGGAGGUACUUGGCAGAGAACCCACACUACAUCAGGGAAGGGGUUAACUUAUCUCAGUUUUCGUUUGCUAUUCCUAAACCCCUGCAAGAAGACUAUGUUCGAAAGCGUACACUUACAGAUGCUCAUGAAUUACCAGAGCUUCCUGAGAUAGCUCAAGUUGAUCCACUGUUCUGGGCAGCACCCCCUAUUCACAGAGAACUGCUCGCUGGACCUGGCUCUUCAACUUCAUAUCCUGCUUACAUCAAGCAGCCUGAGAUGCCAGACCAUGUCGACCUUCACCAGUCUGAGGUGUCUGAACCACCACCUCAGUCCCGCAAGAAGAGAAUCGGGAAGCAGGUGUCGUCAAGGAAGUGCCAAAGCAAUUUGCCGGCAACGAGUUGGCCAUUCGAAGAGCAAUCUGGUGGGCACUUCAUCGACAUUGACUAUGUGCCGCUGUGAACGCCAGAUGCAGUAGCCACCUUGUUGUGGGUCUGCUCUUCUUUUGGUAUCAUUUUUCUGCACCUGUUCCGAAAGAGGGCACUAGUGUAAGCAGUCUAGGAUGCUGUUGACACAGAUGUGGUAAGCAUCGAGUUUUGGUAAUGUAGAUAUGUAGCCAUGGCCGUACUGUCCACCAAAGUAGGUAGUAAGCUGGUAUCAGAGACCUUUGCAGAAUGUUUGGUGUAUGGAUUUACGUGCUAAAUCGGUCUUGUAUGGCUACUGGUACCAGUGUAACUUGGAGGCUCGGAGCAGACCAAUAGACCAUGAUAGAGCUCCCAAAGCAUAUGGCUGAUAUGAUUCUUGUUCUGAAUGUAUCAUGUAUAAGUUGCGAAUGCUUCUAACAUUUCUGGUUGCUGUUCUACAGUGCUCCUACUGGUGCCAAAAGAAACUGUGACAAA